AACACUUUGUUUGAAACUUUGUAUUAGACGUGUUUUCCUCCUGUGUAAGCCACUUCAGACAAAAGUGUCUGUUAAAGAAAUACACUUUAAAUGCACAUUUCUGAAAGAACUACACAUACAGUAUAGGAGUGUGUUCUAUACUCGCCAGUUGGAUUUGGUUCGGAGGGACGUAUAUCAGCUAAACAUUAUUCAGCCUCCAAUUGGACUCCAGAUAACAGUUGAGAUCUUUUGUGAGGUUCAGUCCAGCUGCUGAUACAGAUUCCAGCAACAAUGGCGUUAUCCACUCACCACCGCAGAUGCAAAAACAUGGAUGAAACUCUCGAUAUGCUAUAUGAUGUUAUUCGUCAUGAAGAGGAAUUCAUUGCACUCUAUAAGAGACAUUACCCUGAACUUCAGGAGAACAUACAGGGACUGAGACAACUCCUGAAUACAUUUGAAAAAGACUUAAGACAGUAUACUGAAGGUGCUAGAAAUGGAGGAAUAGUGGGAAUAGUAGGAGGGGUCACCACCAUUGCAGGAUUAGCUUUAGCUCCAUUUACUCUGGGGGCUUCUGCUGCCGUCGCAGGUGUAGGGUCAGUAAUUGCCUUAGGUGGUGGAAUUAGAAGUGGAGUCUUAAACUUCAUGAAAAUGUGCAAUCAGAAGAAAUUCAUUCAAAAGGCCAAAACUAGACUUGAAGAAUUUCAGAAAAAAAUCAUCCCUAUUACUGACAUUCUAAGUGUCAUUUCUAAAAAAUUUAAUGAAAUUCUGAAGCACUGUAAUAAACCAGAGGAUAUCAAUGGUUUAUUUAAAUAUGCUGCUGGUGUUGGUGGAAUAUUAUGCUUCAUACAGAUAGAUCACAUUGGUGAAGUGGCAGCACAGGCAUCUAAAACUGUGCGUCUGACUACAACACUUACAGCAUUUUUUGCUGGAAUUAGCCUUGUGCUUGACAUUCUCUCUGUUAUUGAAGAUAACAAGACACUCGAUGACAUGGACAAACUAGCAAGAAAUCGCCAAAUAAGUGUAAGUGGGAUGGAGUCAAAAGCCGGGAAAUUCAUUGUUGAAAUGUGGAAAGUCAUUAAUCAGCAACAUAUCGUCAUGGAUGAACUUAAGAAAACAAAAGACACAAUUGCAAGAGAGCUGGUUCUAAUUAAAAACGAAAUUGCAAGAAGACGGGAUGUAAACAAAGAUACAAAAAUAAUAAAACACAAUCUAAUUAGGGCGCAAGCACCAUGUAACAAGGAGUCUGUUGAAAUUGCUGUGAUUAUUAGGGCCCGAGCACCUCUUGGAAUUGCUCUGUUUCUUCUUCUUGUUCUUUUUCUUUUUCUGCAAAAUUAUGAACAUUUUUGAGGGCCUAAACGUGCUCGAAAACUCAUGAAACUUUGCACACACACCAGAAGUUGAGAAUAUGUACAUCUGAUAUAGGUUUCAGAAGUGGUGUGUGCCCCUCCCACUACAGAACCAUUUUAUCCACAAGGUUUCUACUUGUGGGAGUUUCUCCACUUCGGGAGAGCAUCAGCGCCGUGGAUCAUUUCAUAUAGUUACCAGCUAAUAUAAACAUUAAAGACUUGUAAAAUAAUUUUUGAGUGUUUGAAAUAACUAAAUCCGAUGUAGAUUACAAUCAACAAAGCAGAAAUAUGCAAUGCAAAAGACUAUGCAUGCAUUACCAUGGAAAAAAAUAUGACUGCCUGAAUAAAGUGAUGUAUUUAUUUAUUUACUUAUUUUAUCUGUAAAGGAGCCUUCUCUCUUUAUACCUUAUGUUCAUAUUUAGCUCUGCGUAUGUUAUAAAUCAAUAACCUAGUUUUUGUUCAGGAGCUUUCUCUGUUUUUUUAAAUGAAAAUAUAACAAUUUAUUGGGACUGGAGAGACUGCUCUACACUUUCUUUGACUACAA